ACUUCCACCCGAAAUACCACAACCUGGCGCCUUCAGCGUACCCCGACCAUGAAAUUAAACGUCAAGAACAUCCGUUAUCUCCUCCCCGAUGACUGGAGAGUUCUGAGAGCGACAGAGACGGGCAGUCGCAACCAUGAACUUGUACCUACCGCUUUGAUUUCGCAAAUUGCCUCUCUCCGCUCAGGCACCGGCGUUCACAGGUGUAUAUCCAAUCUUGCCAAACUCGGUCUCAUCGCCAAAAUUCAGAACGCAAAGUAUGACGGCUACCGACUCACAUAUGGCGGACUGGACUACCUCGCCCUACACACGCACCAAAAGGCGUCGACGGUGUACUCUGUAGGAAACCAGAUUGGCAUAGGAAAAGAGUCGGACAUUAUCGUUUGCGCUUCGGAUACGGGCAAGCAGCUGGUUCUCAAGAUCCACCGCCUGGGUCGCAUAUCCUUCCGUACCGUCAAGGCGAACCGCGACUACCUACGCAAUCGACAGGGAGGCUCUUGGAUGUACAUGUCGCGCCUCGCCGCCGUGAAAGAGUACGAGUUUAUGAAGGCGCUGCGAGCCGAAGGCUUUCCAGUGCCCGAACCGCUCGGCCAGAACAGACACACGGUAGUGAUGAGCCUCAUCGACGCUUUUCCCUUGCGCCAGAUUUCCAAAGUCGGCGAUCCCGCGACCCUCUACUCAGAACUCAUGACUCUCAUCGUUCGCCUCGCACAAUACGGUCUUAUCCAUGGUGACUUUAACGAGUUCAACAUCCUAGUCGAGGAGCACACAGAGAAGGACGGCAGCGUAACGCUAAUACCUACUAUUAUUGAUUUCCCGCAAAUGGUCUCGAUAGAUCACGCCAACGCUGAGUACUACUUUGACCGCGAUGUCGCUUGCAUAAAGCGUUACUUUGACCGCCGCUAUGGCUUCACAAGCGACGAGCCAGGCCCAUUCCUCAAGGACGCAACCAAGAAUCUUGUCAAGAGACUAGACGUCGAAGUGCAGGCGUCAGGCUUCAGCAAGAAGAUGGCAAAGGAGCUGGAGCUGUACAUGAAGGAGCAUGGCGUCGACGGCGAUGCAGUAGACAUCGAGACAGGCGCAAGCGCGGAGGGAGUCGAUGACGAAGAUGAUGAGGAUGGUGUGGAUGUUGACGACGUUGAAGAAUACAAGCCCGAGAUUGAGGAGGAUGACGAUGGCGUUGAACUCGAAGGAGGCCCCGUAGGUGACAAAAGCCCCUCUCCAACCGGAGAAAUGACCAUCCUAGACAUCAGAGACAAUGAUCCCCUCCCCGACCUCAGCGAUAUCAAACCUCCGCCACCAGUCGAGAAGCCCAUGACGACGAGAGAGGCGAAGAAGAAAGCUGGUUGGAUUUUAUAGAUGAAGUUAUGUUCCUAUUGUCCUG